AUGUCAAAUGGUAAUGAUGAACAAUGGAAAGGAGAUGUGGUAUUGCAAACAUCACUAGGUGAUAUAGGGUUAGAAUUGUAUUUUGAUCAUGCACCAAAAGCUUGUAAAAAUUUCUAUGAUUUGGCUAAAAGAGGUUAUUAUAAUAAUACAAUUUUUCAUAGAUUAAUUAAAGAUUUUAUGAUUCAAGGUGGUGAUCCUACAGGAACAGGCAGAGGUGGGGAAUCAAUCUAUGGUAAAAAAUUUGAAGAUGAAAUUACUAAAGAAUUAAAACAUACAGGCGCAGGUAUUUUAUCAAUGGCAAACUCUGGUGUUAACACCAAUGGUAGUCAAUUUUUUAUUACUUUUGGACCAGCUCCUUGGUUAGAUGGCAAAUAUACUAUUUUUGGUAGAGUCAAUACCGGUAUGAAGAUAGUUCAAAAAAUGAAUGCACUUCAAACUGGCGCAAAUGAUAGACCAGUUAGCGAAAUUAGAGUUAUAAGUGCCAUUACAAAUUAA